AUGGCAGCACCACCCCCCUCCCUCCUGCCACCUCCCAUCAUCUCACCACCGGCGGCGGCACCGUCCAUCAUUCCGGCCCAGCUUGGGUUUCUGGCGAUUUACAACCCGAGCUUGUCUUCGCGGUCUGGCGGCGGCGGCGAUGAUGAGAACAGUGUCAAUGACCAGAUUGUGUAUUAUGCCUCGCUGAACGAGCAGCAUGCCUCGUCGCAGGGUGGGAGUUUGAAAAAGGGGAGGAGACGGCAUCGGUCUUCGACUGGUGGGAUGGAGCAGCAGGUGUCAAGGGAGAUAAGGAAUGAGAGGUUGAGGCAGGUUGGGCUGGCGCAGGGGAUGGUGGAGUUUAGUAGGGGUUUUGCGGGGGAAAAGGCGGUGGAGGGGAUUGAGACGGAGAGGAGGAGGGUGGUGGUGUAUGAGUUGGAGCCGGGGUGGUGGAUUUUGGCUGCAGGGGCGGAAAGGAAGAUGGAGUAUAGCUCCAGGGAAGUGAAGCCUACGUCGCUGUUGUUGCAGAAUUUACUGAGGGCACAUUCGGUGUUUUUGCUGCAUCAUGCUAGCUCGCUUUCGGCCUUGUUUGUCAAGACGCAGAGGCAAAAGUUUGUGGCGGUGUUGGGGCGGUACUGGGAUCUGUUUCUCAGUACCUGGAAUGUGAUGCUCCACGGAAAUCCGGCGUGCGCGGUGUUUGGGGGUAUCAAGAUUGCUGCCUGUGGAGAGCUGGGGAUCGGAGUUGGGGAGGAAGAAAGGGGCAGCGGGGAGAGGGAAGUAUUGGAAGGGUUGGUCGAAAGAACAGAAGGGCUGGUUGACUUGGUCGUCGGAAGAUAUGGAAAGGCUCCUUCUGAAGAUGAGCAAGAUAAUGAGGAAGAUGAAAAGUGGCUUGGGAACGGAAUUGAACCUGGAGCGGAAGAUGGAGCGGUUUUUCUCGGGACUGGAGCGCUGUCCAGGAAUUCCUUGAGGGCCCUGACAUUCUGGAUGGAAGAUAUGUAUAUGUUUGGGGAGAAUGCAUAUGGAGUGAACGACAGCCCUACUGCGACUCGAUCACAGGCUGCGAGAAGGAGAAGAGCUGCUGGAAGGAAGGCUGCCGCUGCUGCUAAGGAGGGCAAGCAACAACAACAACAACAGGCUGCAUCUUCUGGAAGUAGUGGUGAAUCUUCAAAGGGUGCCGAUGAAGUAGGAAAGGGCGGUAUGGAUACACUUUUUGGGUACAUGAAGAUGGGAUACGGGACAUCUUGGUCUCUGACUGGGAAAAGGAUCACGGAAACCACUCCAGCUGCGGAACAAGAAGUCCCAGCCGCUGAGGCCAGCGAACAGCAGAUUCCCACUUCGGAAGAGGCUCCCAAAUCACGACAGCCUUCUCUUAGCACCGGCCGCUAUCUCAUUGGGCUUAUGGGUGAUAUCGAGGAACCAACGAGUAAGGAGGACGAUCCAGACGCCCAAGACCCAGCAGAUGCAGCCGACCCCAACUCGAGAACUCUCUUGCGCACCCUCACCGUCGAGCUUGAGAAAGAGGGCGAGGAUAAGCCAGAGUCAAAGAUGACCAAGGACCUGGGCAGCCAAAACACUGAGCUAGCUGAGGAAGGCGUUUCUGAUAAGGAGGGCCAGCCCGCGGAUACCUCCAACACUGAAUUCGACAGCCAAGAUCGUAACAAGACCAAGAAGCUACGGGUGGUGGUAUAUGCCAACCGACCCUUCAUCUACAUAUUCUUAUUCCAGCUCCGAACCGACUCGUUGGCCUGGGACGGCAUGUACAGAUCGCUACACACCCAACUUGCCCCCCUACACAAGCCAUUGCUGUCCUCCACAGCAUACCGGCCCGAGCGACCAGACGUCGGUGGUGCUGCGGCGACAGCUCAGAUUUAUGACUUGGUCUGGGACCCCAAGCUGCUCACGAUCCAUUCCACCAUCCCCAACAUUCCCGAGCCAGUAUCGGUAACGGCGCAUGGCGUUAAGAAACCAGGUGCUUGGACCCGUGUGGAGUCCCUCAACACCCACAACCAGAUUCUCAACGUGUACAGCAGCACGCGAGACGAUCUGUCAGAGUUUGAACGGACGUGCAAGACCAGCCGGGGGUGGUGGAUAGUCUGGACCAGGAUCCUGGAACGGAGCAGCAAGAGCACCGACGGCAGUUUGACGCCUACUAUCACCACGGCGACAAGCACCACCGGCACGGCGACGAUCAGAGGGUGGGUGGAUGGCCAUGGCUCCUCUGAUGGCGGUGGUAGUGAGGAGGGUGGACAGAGGGGGGAGGUUGGUGUGACAAAGGAGAUUAUACUUAUCCGGCGGGCUAGUGAUCACGGCGGGGGAGGGUUGAGGGGGGUGAGUACGUCUUAUAUUGCCAGUGGGAGUGCCGGUGGAGGGGGUGGAGGGGGAGGAGGGUGGGCGGAUGGGGCGACCAAGUUGGCUCAGGGGAUUGGGGUUGAUACGAGGAGGUAUAUUGAGGCGUUGUUGAGUUUGAAUCGGUGA